AAGAGUUAUAAACCCUAUACCCUGAAAAGCCCCAUUUGAUUUGAAGUGAGAAACAAGGAAGCAGAAUCAGGAAGAAUGGCGAGAACAUUGGCGCUUCGCUGGGCCUUACGUCACGCAAUAAAGAGCAGCGUUCGGCCACUCUUCUUCAAAGCUCACCACAGCAUUCCCUCAUUCCCAUCCAAAUCCUCUCUCUUCGCCACCGCUAUCGCCUCCUCUCAGCUCCCCCUCUUCCACCAUUCUCGAUCCCUCUGCUCCGCCUCAGCUCCUUCCGACGUUGUCCUCGUCAAUUCAGAGGAAGAGUUCAAUAAUAUCCUUAACAAAAUCCAAGAUAAUUCGUUGCACGCCAUCUUCUAUUUCACUGCAGUUUGGUGUGGACCUUGCAGGUUUAUUUCCCCUAUAGUUGGGGAGCUCAGUAAGAAGUAUCCUCACGUAACAACAUAUAAGAUUGACAUUGAUCAGGAAGCAAUUCAAGGCACAUUGAGCAAGUUGCAGAUUACAUCUGUGCCAACACUCCAUUUCUUUCAAAACGGGAAAAAGGCUGAUGAGCUUAUAGGUGCUGAUGUUGCACGAUUGAACUAUAUCACAGAGAAACUCUUCAAGUAAUCCUUUAGAGUUUAUCUUUAUGUCAUGGUUUGUUAAUAUGAUACCAGCACUGUGAAGCUGUUUUUCCCCUUCUCCUUCUUCCAUUCCGAAUGUGAUCACUAUCAAUUGUGUGUUGUUGCAAAGGGCCUGUUUGGUUUCAGGAAACAUUUCCUGUUUCCAUUUUCUAUUUUCAUGUUCUGGAAAUAGUUUUAUUUUCAAAUUUUUUAGAUUUAAAAAAUGUAUUUGGCUUGACUUUUUAU